AGAAUAUUGCGUGCCGCUACGAUCAGUGCGUUCGCGCGCGCCGCACGAGCGCGACAUGAGUGUCGAUGUACAGUGCCACGGUAAUACGCUUAACGGCUUCUACACCCUAGAGAAAAGGUUUGAAACCCUCUCACCGCGACGUGCGAGAAUCCUGGAGUUGCUAAAACCCGACGAUCCGGGCCGGGAUGAGCUGGAAUCGAUCGUGCGACCGGCGCCGAGGAGAGGUCUCGUCAAACCAUAUGACGAGGACACCUGGAGGUUCCUCCAAAAGACUGUGACAGCACAUAACGUAGACAGAGAGAGCCCACCUCCGCGAAACCAAGAACUAGAUACGAAAGGAGAACGAUCUCUUGCCGAUGAGCUGAGGGAAGCUGAGGAAGACGAAAGAAGCGGAAGUCAUAUACGUCGAGAGUUGUUAAGGGAAUUUCGAAUGCGAGGUGGAGGCAUCCGAGAGGCCUUGGAGCGAGAGCGUCUUGGGAAGCUAGCUCUAGCUGUGGAAGACGACGAAGAAGAUUACGAGGACGAAAACGGACUAACGGCGGCCGCGAGGCGCCUGGACGCGUUGCUGGCUGAGUCCAGGAAUCUUCACGAGGAACUCGCGGAGAUUCAGGAAGACAUGCAGGCUGAAUCGGCGCGUGCAUGUCGGUGCGCGGCAGCAGCCCGGGAUCUCACUGCACAGUCGCAGGCUCUAAGAUAUCUGGAUGACGUGGUGGCGUUGCUGAGUGGAAACGUCGCUGCUGCUUGGCGCGUCCGAUCCUGGCCCUUUGCUCUGGGCUGCCGACAGCCUGACCGAAACUACAUCAUUUGAUCUCAGUGGGAAAAUUCAAAGGUUUUCGACCCGGUCUCAACACUGAACCAAUAAAAAACUCGUAAUGUUUAAUACAAUUAUAAAAUCGUUUCAAGCUUAAUUAUACGAUUGACCUUCAAACUACUUUUUAUAGUUAGCUAACAACAUAUCUGCGUUUUUUAAUAGUUAAUUUUAAUUUUAUAUAAUUUGUGGUAACAAAAUUUGCUCCUAGAGUAUUAUUUAAAUUAUAAGAUUCAUAAUAACUUUUUAUAAACUAUAUUGUAAAAUUGUUUAAGACUGAUUACUAUGGUUAGUGAAUAGUUUCUGAUAGUUGUAAGAAAAUAGGCAUAUUACGCAUAUGUCGCAGCCAACUAGCUUAAUAAGCUUAUUACCUAAUAAUUUGUUCCGAGGCUAGCUUUUCAAGCUAGGAUUGAAAGAUAGUACUGUCCUGGCUUUCUGACCUGGUUUGAACAUUCUAGUUCUGUUUACAUGAGGCUAGGGUUAUUUUAUGGUAGUACUAUUGCAUGGAGUGAGUGACCAUUAGCUGCAGCUCAUUUUGGAUGUGUAGUGCGAAAUGCGAAAAAAAAAAACACUAUUCGGCUGAAUGAGUUACUUCGAAAACUGUGCCAAUUCACACUAGACGUACUAGAAGAAGAGUUACAAAAACGGGUGUGGACAAGAUCGUGGAUUUUAAUAAGAGAUGAACGUGGAUCAUCUGCUUUACUAUUGGAACAAUUUCGCAAUGAAGAUUUAGACGAGUAUAAGAGUAUUUUGCGAAUGACGCCUGAUUUCUUUGAUAUUCUGCUGUAGUAGUGCUGAAUCACGUUUAUAUUUGUCAUUAUAACUUGGAAGGGUGGCGUUCCACAGACAUUCAUGGUCACGGUACAGUUGUACAAACUUUAAAUUAAUAUCCAUUCUUAGUUUGGGCAUCUUAAAAUCUCAAAAACACGUCGCGGUGACAUAAAUAAACAAAACCCGUGGUUCCUGCUUACUAGCUAACUGAAAACUACCUUCGCCGGCCAUAUGAAGCUAGUACCCAAACCAGGAUAGUAAAAUCAGUGGUGGGGAGCGCUACUAUCCUAAUAAAUAGAACUCUAUCCUAUUAAAAAUUAUCCUGACUUGUAAACUAGCUUACUAGCUCAGAAAUGAAGCUAGUUUUGUCUACACGAAGCCAGAAGUACUAGCUUACUAGCUUACUGACACUAGCUUGCUAUCCUAGCUUGAAAAACUAGCCUCGUAUUACUCGGGCAUAACAGUCAAUAGGCUAGGCAAGUAAUAAAACCUCAUCGAUCCAUGUCAUUUGUCUAGCUGUUUGAUAAACUGGCUGAACAUCUUUCAGGCCGCUAGUUAAACGGCAAUGUUUAGUUAAGACGCUAGGCUGUAUAUUGAACGGCUUAUUAAUCUAGUUGGCUACGACAUAUAUUUUUAAGCAAGGCCGUCAAUUUUGAUCUAAAGGCCAUACUCAAAGUCGUUGCUUAAGAGUUACUUGAGACAAUCUAGGUCUUCACCCGUAUCACUUCAAUGUCCGUCGUUUCACAACCAAGGCUUUUGUAAGGACAUAUUACUAAGUAUUCUUUUUAGUAUUUGUUUUUUGACGUAGGGUCCAAGAAUAGGCAUCCUUAUGUUCAAAAGGCGAUUGCUAUUCUACAGUCAUUGUCACUCGCAACAAAAGAAUUGCCGUACGCUCAACCAACUGAACAGCGCGCGGUGCGUUCAAAUCUCGUCUGUGCAAUACAUUUAUCUUUCUAUGUACAGAAUUAAGAUACUUAUUUAGUGCAGGUAUCAUGAGUAAAACACCCAAAAAUCUUUACAUGAGUAACAGAUAACUUCCCACUAGCAUACGAUAGGAUAAAUUGUUAAAGAAACCGUUGCAAAUUGCGGUCGAAACCCAUAUACUAUAAAGAGUUUUAACGACACUACAUUAUAUUAUAAUUGUUCUGUCAUUAGAUAAUUGUGGACUCUGAGUAUGGUCAUUAAAUUGAGUUGCGAGGCACAAUCUAUGUUUAAUAAAUGCGGAUUUUAAUAAUUAUAAAAUAACGGUGCUGAUUUGAAUUGCUUUUCCUGCACUUGUUAUGUAAUGUGUAGGUUAAUAUGAAUGAGUUUUCGUGCAAGAAAUACAUAUUGUAAUCUAUCUUUGAAAUAAAAUGUUUAUUAUUGUGA